GGGCAGCUUCAGAGCGAGCGUGGACGUCCGCCGAGGCAGAGCUGCCCCUCGGUAACUCUCGCGUUCGUUGUAUUUUCGGCGCCCCGUAAGUUUUCGGUAAGUGCUCGGCAUCGCGGACGCGGACGACGCGAUUUACGCGCUCGACGAUCGCCACGCUCGCGCGCGAGUGCAUCGUCUUGGUCGAUCUUCCCCCCUCUUCCCCCGACCAGCCCUCCUCCCCCGCUAGUGAGAAACCGAACGCGACCCGGCGCGCGCUGGUCCGUCUCUUCUGCGAAGAAGCAGCCUCUCGGGAUCGAGGGGGUGAGAGGGAACGAUAAGACGCAUAAACGCGUUUUCGCGAUUUCGACGUAAAGCCAUAUAAUAAGUUAAGAAACAACAUUGUUAAGAAAGAACAUUGCCGCGAUUCGGCGUAACGCUGCGAAGUUGGCGCAACAUUACGAAUGUCGAGAACGGUGGCGUGAGUGUUGCUGGCGGAAUCGAGUGAGAACAGAGUGUGUAUUUCCGGGAAGCUGAACAGAGAGCGAACGACGUGAUCGCGUGAUAUAUUCGGUUGUGCGGUUAAUUUGAAAUCGACAUAGCAACGUCCCGUCGAUUUUGUAUUGCACGUCACCGGUAGAGGCUGAUAAGUCGCACAAAGUCGUGGAAUGUAAAUACGCGCGCGCGCGCGCGCCCCGCGUUGUGUGUGUGUCAUCGACGGUGGGAUUGGAAUUGUUGACAGUGAUGAUUUCGAAGUGCUCCUCGAUAAUUUGACUUUAUUUAUACACAUCUCACACGUGAAGGCAUCGGACAUCUUUGGAAUUCCUGUGAUUGAGAGAUAUCGAGGAAACUUGGCCGAUUCCAGUCGUGAAAAGGACAGCAAUAUAUUUGAAUUUACGCUCGAUCCUUCCGACGCCCGGCACAUCGAUCUAUUUGGUGUCCAAUCCUCGUACGAAGACAGUUUGCUACUCGGUGCUGCCAUCGCCAAAGAUGCUAGAUCUUCGAAUCAAUUAUAGCGGAGAAGCCUAUUCGAGACUUUAGAAGACUCGACAGAAAUCUGGACAAAAUGUCGAUGACUGGGAGCUUGAUGGGAUACGAGAACAAUAACGAUGUGAACCAGGCCAAGUGUAAGAAACCGUUGAAGCCGCUGCCAGUUGUGUCGAGCAUAAGCUCGAGUGGCGUUACUACGAGCACUACCAAGUCGAGGAAAGCACGAAAAUCAACGAGAAAAGAAUCGUGCGUACGCGGUCAUGUGAACAGCCUCUGGUCCGUUUGGUACGGCAUCCUGGCUGUCGCUUUUCAAGCCUACAUAGCAAUGAGAUACGCCAAACGAUUCCUCGCUUAUCUAUCAUUACCAUGGCAAGCGGAUGCACCACCUCCUAAAAUCGAAUUGUACGCCUGCCUGGUAUUAGCCGGUGUUGGAAUCGUUUUACUUCCGGUGUUGUUGGGCGCUGCAUUUUUGAAGCUCGGCAAUCUCGCGAACGACGGAAUAAAACUUGGCCGACAUUUGAGCGCUUGUUCACGCGAUCCGCCAUCAUCACUUCUCAGUAACAGUCCCGAUAAUAGUCUGGCGAAUAAUUUAUGGAGACACGGCGGCCCUACGGCGGCCUUCGUGCAUCUCUGCACGGCCAUGUGCUUUCUCCUGCCCUCCCUGCUCAUGGAAGCGCGGCUAAUACACGCUGGAUUUCUGCCAAAAGACGCGAUAUGGAGAACCGAUCUGGACUGGAUGGUGAUACAUCGCGAUCGUUUGGUGUUACUAAGCUUCAUGAAUCCGAUCGGCAAUCUAAGCACCCUGACAGGCCCGAUAACUCCUCAGCCUUUCGUAACUCUAAUCCCGGAAGAAGGUAAUAACGAGAACAUCGAUGAACUCACCACCUCGACGCCUGGUCUAACAAACAUGGCGCUUCCUGAUGUUGUCGAGACUGAAGAAACAACCACCUUGUUCUCAACUAUUAUCCAUCCAAUCGUCACAGAUCCACCUUUAUCCCGAACUACCUCGAGUCCCGGUGUAACUUCCAGCAAGAGCACUACGAACACUGAAGCGACUUCAACGACUUCGAGAACGACAUUGCUUCCGAAGAAUAGCACCGUAAGACGUCCAACCACGAGAACUAUCACCAGAAACGGCGGUGCGAAGGGCAGAUCGAAGGCGAAGAAUCUCACGAGGAUAUCAACUACGGCGAAACCUUCCAGAGUCGCUGGCUCGGGUAAUAUGACGGCUCAGAGCAUGUCAUUAACGAUGAAUAGUCUGGCGGAUCUCGAUCAUCCCGAAAAUUUGAAUCUGGAACUUCAAACAGCCGAAUCAUACGGCCCGAUUACCCUGGAAUAUUUGAAUUACGCCGCCGCGCUCGGCGUCUACUCGGUAAGAUAUCCCGCCGUCUUCUGGUCGUGCAACAAAGCAUUGGGUACAAUUUUCAGUCUGCAGCUGGUCGUGAAUUCAGCGCAGAGUCUCCUGGCUUAUGCCGGAAUGUCCGUCCUUUAUAAGAUUCAAGUGGUAGGUCCCUUAAAGGUUCUGCCAUUCCUUCGGCAUCGUACGGUAGCAACAACAAGUACAAUCUCGACAAUAUUCGGAGACUCAUACUUCGUGCUGGACCCCCCGGUAACUCUUGUGCUCUUCGCCCUCUCAUCCUUCCUCGUACUCUGCUCCAGCAUGGUCAUGUAUUUCUACGCCCACGGCAGGUUCACGGCAUUCCUGAAUCAGGAACGCGAGCGUCGUGUGAUCCUAUCGAAGGAUGGCCGUGACGGCAACGGCUGGGUCUACUUACCGCACUGUGCCGCCCUGGUUGUAUUCCUGGCGAUCGCAAUCUGCGGCGCCCCGUUACUCUACGACUACACCGUGGUGUAUCGCGGUAGCUUGGACGGCGCCAUCCUCGCCUGCAUCAUCGGCACGAUAGUCCAUCUCUUCUUCUGGCUGUUACUCUGGAUAUUUCUCACCGUCAAGCAGCGCUGGACGUUCAAGCUGCGCGUGACCAUCGGACGCGCCACCGUGAGAUCCGCGAGAUCGGUCAAACUCGUGACCGACGUCGAUCUACUGUCGACCAGGGAUGACGACGACGGCACCAGUGCGCCUUUGCUCGUCGUCGGUAACGGCAGGACUUACACUAUCGCCGACACCUCGCCAAAAAGAGCCAUCAUGAGCGUCAUACAGAAAGCCGCUAUAGAGAGGAAAGCCCGAUCGCAAGGUGGAAACGUCGAAGGAGUCGACGGCGAAUCGACGGCUGACGGUGAUGAGCAGAUUUACUGGCUUAGGCCGAAAUUACGCCCCUCACCUGCGCAAUCCCCGAAUGACACCGGUGGUGCACCGACGUCCGACAAGGGUUGGCUGAACAAGAAACUCAAGCAUAAGGUCACCUUUAACGACCUGCCUAGUACGUCAGGCUCGCGUAAUAAGGGAAAAGCCAGACGAGGCGUCGCUGACGGCGGGCCUGACGAUGACGGAGAUUACGCCACGUUACGCGAAUUACCGUUAAUCAACUCGAUAGACCCAGCCGAUGAUACCACCUCUGAAGAGAACAAGUGGCAAAGAUGGCCGAUAAGUCGUAGGGAUGGUAUACCUAAAUUCAGGAAUUUGCUCGAGUGCGUGAACGACGAUCAAGUGACUUACUACGCGAGUGCGAAUCGCGAUCUACAACCAUCGGAAGGUGAUCCCUCGCCUCUUUUGACUCCCGAUCCUUUACCUGAUCCUCCGGAAGAACCUCUUCCGCUACCACCUCCAACUCCAACCUGUGCACCAACCACCGAUAUUAUCACGGCGCCACUAACUACAAGUGCCCAGAUGAACGGUGGACAGACGCCGCGAUGUCUACGCCGCGCAGAUUCGGGGAUGCCGCACGACGAACUGACACCACGCUCGGACUCGUCGAACUCUCCGCCCUUGGACGCGGUGGGUGGCGGUAACGGCGGCGGGGCCGGCUCGGUGACCGGGCACAGCAACACCAGUAGCAACAGCGAGACGUCGAGCGGCGUGCACAGUAACGCGAGUAACGCGAGCAACGCCAGCCACAGCAGCUCCCAACGUCGAGCGACCAGCGUGGACGACCUGACCGGGGAGCCGCGCGAGGAACCGCGCGAGCAGUGGCGCAGCUGUUCUCUUCAACGUGGCACCCAGCCACCCACGGCCAACACGACCUUCUCGCCGCCCAGUAGCCGCCCUGGCACCAGCCAGUCCUUCUCCUCGCCGCAGUACGUGAAUCACGUGCCGCCGUUCAGCAACGUCGUCGGCAACGAGAUUGGCGUCGGUUGCCCGGCUGUCAUCCUCGAGAAUCCGAAUGAGGCGACGGUUGUGAUCCGUCGCAAGCUCUCGAGAGCGAAGCUCACGGAACCGCUGAACGCCAACGAGGAACCGUUCGGCCGAUCCACCAAUAUGCGAAUGACCUCGUUCACCGAAAGCAACGACAUUCGCAUACAGGCCUCGUCCGCGACCCUGCCGCAUUAUCCCACGCAGCCUAUCGUCACUUAUCCGCACUGCUCGACGAUGCCGUUGCCGCACGCGUCUCACAGCGUAGCCGCGGCGAACAUGAGCGGUGGGUCCACCGGUAGCUGCGGUUCCGUGCCGAGGCAUACCUUCGUGCCACCGCAGGUUCACACCACCAUGCCGGCGCACACGACGUUGCCGUCGCAUCACAACGGCGUCAGGCUGCUCCACAACGCGACCGGCAAUCCAUUCGUCAAGAGAUUCCCACCGGUGCAGUUGCACACUCAGUCCUGGGCCCUGCCAGGUCAUCAUACCUUCCCACAGAUGCCACAGAGUAAUAACAACAAGCUCACAGUCACCGCGCAAAUCCGACAGAGCGACCGGGACUCGGCCAACUUCUCCAUGGCCAGCAGCGGGGACUCUGACACGUGUUUGCCGCAUUAAAAUGCGCGGGACUCGCUAAUAUAGGUGUUAGACAUUACGCUGCUGAGAACUUGAAUUACGUCUGAGUGUGUCACAGUGAUACUUGGUAUUUUCGUAAUGACAUUUUGCUCUGCUGAUCGAUAUCGAAGGGGUUAUAGUUUCCAGGUAUGAUACGGUAUCAAUAUCACGAUGUCCUCCAAGGGCUUAAUUCGGAAAUAAAGGAGAAAUGAUAGAAAUGUAACAGGCAGGUAGAAAAAAGAUUUUUGCGCAAACUCGAGAUGAGCUGUUGUGAAUAUUUCGCUUUGAAAUCUUUAGGACUCACGCAGAAUUGUACUAUUUAAAUGUACGUAUUUAAUGUAUCGCAUUACCAGGUAAUCUUAUUAGAAGAAGCUUUUAUGUAUUUUAUAUCUCUUGCUCAUAUACGUAAUGCUGAAAUUUAAAGGAAAGAAAAUCAGAUUAAGAUUGAAACGACAUAUCACCAUACUUCUGCCGUUUAUUAGUAAAUAUGGCAUUCCUCGAUACGUGUUACCUCUAUUUUUUUACAAUCUGAUCUAACACGAUCUAGAUCUCGAUAAGAUCUCAUCUAAUUAUUUAUAUAUAAGUAUGUCUAUGAUAUAUUAACAUAGAAUUUAAUAUGCGUAAACCAUGCGCUAACGUAAAAAUUCCAUUUAUUUGAGUAAGCAAUGUGCGUGAAAAAGACAAGGAAAAUAUAAAUAUUGCGCAAGUAGCUUAUAUAAAGAUAUAAUAAUUGUAAUUUAAAAGCACCAAUUUCGUUAUACACAUACAUAU